UAAAGUUGGAUUUUUUAUUUGAAUUAUAAUAUAUGCUACACUGCACUUCCGGGGUCCAGUUCUCAACAGUGCGUGAAUGAGAUGCGCAUGCGAAAAUUUAUAGUAUACGUAACGUGAACUAUAGGAUUUUUGUACGCGCAUCUCAUUCGCAUGACGUUGAGAAUCACCACCCUGAUCGCGAUGCAGUUGAAAAAUUCACAUCUAACUCUAAAGUAACAUCUGAAUACCUGAGGCAAGUUUCAAGAGUGACGAUUAUUAAUACAGACCUUAGACACCUCAAAAACGCUUCUGAAUUAAUCGCAUUCUUACGGUCGCGUGAAACCAGCCUCGGAUAAAUGCACUUCAUACUUAAUCAGAUAGACAUUGAUCUCGACACGUUAUAUAAUCCCUAUCAUGUGGACAAUAUUGUCGCGCUCCGUCCUCUACGACGGUAUCUUCCGUACACUUCCGGUUGCGACAGUCGUUUUAUCGCACUCCCAACUGAGAUUCUGGCCGUCAGAGGAGCGUAUGUUGAGCUCACAAUUUACUCUGUUGAUCUCGUCUCAGAGUCAUUUCUCUCGGGGCGCACCGUCAAAAAAUAGACAUAUUCGGCUCUUUCGUCUAAAUGCAAGCACAUACUUAUUGUUAUCUUACAACUAAAGAAAUCGCACGUUGCUGACCAUUUUUCUGUACGACUAUCGUAGUGGAUAUACCGUCGAAAAUCGAACCGAGCUUUUCGGCUGAUAUUAGAUCAUUUCGUCUGAGAUCAGAAGUCAACGUGAGAGUCGACGAUCGGGAUUGAAAAGGAAGCGGAUCCUCAUCGAAGAUGAGAAAGGAGGCGCUAGCAUGAUCAACACCGGCGUGAUUGGUAUCCUGACGCUUUUACUGACUUUCGGUCGCUUCGAGGCGAUUACUGUCGUGAACCAUCAUCCUGACGAUGAGUAUGUCCUUGAGCACGAAGUCCUUCGCGAGGAUGCGCUCGCCGAAGCGAAGAAACUGGAGAUAUAUCCCGGACCUAUUCCGGGAUGCAAACCGUGCAUCAAUUCAGAGAUGACUUACUGCGCGGAUGGGAGCGUCAUCAACGAUCACUGCUGCUGCGAGGGAAGCACCAACAAAGUGUUCCCCUUCGUCGAGCACACCUGUCGCGUGGGACCAGAGGAAUGCAAAGUGCAUGCUGGAAACUGCGCGGAAUACACGAGACUGCGGGAAUGCUGUUGCCAUUCGUAUCUGGCCUCCGUCUGGAAAUAUCGGGCGACUGGCGCAGGAUUGCGCUCUGGCGCGGGCCUCACGAAGUUCCUGUCAAUCCUAACGGUGCUUGGUUUGCACCUGCUGAUGACCUAAAACUACACUCGCAACACCAAAUGCUUUGUACAGUAUCGAUUGAUUUAAUAAAUUAUUUUUUCAUCGCAAAAAUGGGAGGCAACCGGCCGUUCUUUCUUGGAAACUGAACGUUUCGCCAUAACAUGAGACGGCACUGGAUUAUUAGUGGCACGCGAUCCAUUGUCUCAGGGCCUAAUUGCCGUUACGACAUCAUUUACUGCACUCGCGUAAACAAGAGAUACAUACCUGCGGCGACAAACACGGAGAAGUGACGGGCGAUCGUGCAUCGGGAGCGGUAGGAGCGACGAAUGAACCGUUAACGCCUUUGCCGCGGA